AUGGCCUCAAUUGCUCGGUCCCUGCGCGUCGCCGCCCCUCUGGCUAGGGCAAUCGCUCCUCGCGCUCCCAUCAUCCGCGCCCGAGCUUUCUCCUCCACCCAACUAAGUACGGUCAUCAAACAUCCAAUCGUCACUGUCACUAACAAGCUAGGCCUCGCUCGCAGAUACACAAAGGACCACGAGUGGAUCGAUCUCUCCGCCGAUAAGAAGCACGGUUUCGUCGGUAUUUCAGAGUACGCUGCCGAGCAGCUCGGUGACGUCGUCUACGUUGAGCUCCCCGAAGCCGGUACCUGGGUUGAGCAAGGUGACGCUGUCGGCGCUGUUGAGUCAGUCAAGUCUGCUAGCGACAUCAACGCUCCUGUUCGUCUGCGCGUUCUUCAGAUCAACGACAACCUCGAAGAGAAGCCUUCCACGAUCAACAAGGUGCCCGAAGACGAUAGCGCUGGUGGUGGCUGGAUCGCAAAGGUCGAGGUUGACGAGGAGGGCGCCAAGCAGUUCGAGAAGCUCUUGGAUGCCGAGGCCUACAAGGCGUUUGCUGGAGCCGAAUAG